AUAUUUUAAUGAAUUGCUUAGAAAUAAACACUUUAAAAGAUUGGUUUGAACAUGUAGUUAAUAACUAGAAACCUGUAGUUGUUAGUUUUUUUGCAGAAUGGUAGGAUUGUUUAACAAAUAUAAUUUAGGUGUGCUCCAUGCCGUAAACUCAACCCAUAAUUAAUUUCGGAGGUUGAAAAGAAUUCUGAAAAAUGGCAACUUGUCUUAGUCAAUGUGAAUAAUGAUGAACUUUAUGACGUGGUGCAAUAAUUUGCGGUAUAAGUUAUAUUUGAUUAUAAUUAGAAAGCUUAAGUCCCCUCAGUUUGUUUAUUUAACAUGGGAACUCAAACUGAAUUAAUGACAGGAUAUAGCGAACGCAAGAUUAAGUCUUUUUUAGAAAAGAUUAGAUGCUGAUUUUUUACUAUUAUUUUAAAUGUCAUAUAUUAAUAUUUAACAAACG